AUGAAGAAUAGGAAGGUGAAGAGAAGGCAUGCUUGGAGCUCCAUAGAGGUGAAUUUCACCAUCCACGAAUUUGUGAUAGGAGACCACUCGCACCCAGAAAGCGAUGAGAUAUAUAGGAUGGUGGAUAGGAUGGCCAGGAGGUUGAGAGAGGCAGGCCACGUCGCAGCUACUACCGAUGUGUUGCAUGACAUUGAUGAAGAGGAGAAGGAACAUGCACUAGGUCUCCACCAUUGCAUAUGGGCUUCUUCGGAUGUGCAAAGGAUCACCCAUUCGGGUUGUGAAGAAUUGUUUUGCUACAGCAGUACAGCUAUAGUUGCAUGGUAUGAGAAAUGA